CUGCCUGGUUCAUGCCGGGGGCGAGCGGGUGGUGCAGCCCGGCUGGUGGGUGAAUUAUAGUACAGGUCUCUGGCUGAGCAGAAUCACGCGAGGGGGAGGUGUUGGUGAGCAACGCAGGCAUUUUACAGAAAAAUAAAGAAAUAAAAAAUGAUUUACAAUAUGCCGUAAAUAAGAAAAAAAACUGACUAACAACCAAUGUGCGAAAGAAGAAAAAUAAUGCAUAUAAAAGUAUGCUGAGCUGCAAAAUCCUUGAAGAAUGAAGGGAGAUCCACGGAGCAUCGUUAUUGAACUGAAGUGGCCUAGUCACUGAGGCUAGAUUUCUUUGCACCUGCUUGAGAUAAUCCUGCAACUUGUACCUUAAUGAGAAAAGCAUCCUGUUCUUUUCAGUGCUGCACCUAAUCAAUUAUGAGGCUCAAAUCGCAACCAAACUUUUUUAUGAGCCAUAUACCAGUACUAUGGUUCCUUCUGACAUUUGAAAGCCUCAACUGUACAUCAAGCGAAGAAGAGUUGGUAGUCACAACUAAACAGGGAAAAGUCAAAGGAAUAUCAGUAAAUGUUCUUUCCGGAUCAGUCACCGCUUUCCUGGGGAUACCAUAUGCAGAGCCGCCUAUUGAUGAACUGAGAUUUAAAAAACCAGAACCUCGAAGACCCUGGUCUGGGCUGUGGAAUGCAGACAGAUAUCCGAACUCAUGUUACCAGUAUGUAAAUAGCUCUUCUCCUGGUUUGCCGUGGGAAGAAAUGUGGAAUCCUAACACUCAACUUAGUGAAGACUGUCUGUAUGUUAAUGUAUGGGUUCCAACGCCAAAGCCAAACAAAGCAGCUGUUAUGAUAUGGAUCUUUGGUGGGGGUUUUGCGUCAGGCACCUCUUCCCUAAUGGUUUAUGAUGGCAAAUAUCUAGCUUAUGUUGAGAAUGUAAUUGUUGUCUCCAUGAACUAUAGAUUGGGUGCUUUAGGAUUUUUAGCUGUGCCUGGUAGUCGAGAUAUUCCUGGAAACAUGGGAUUAUUUGAUCAACGGUUAGCACUUCAGUGGGUUCAAGAUAACAUAAUGACAUUCGGAGGAAAUCCCAACAGUGUGACCUUGUUUGGAGAGAGUGCGGGAGCAGCUUCAAUUCACCUCCAUAUUCUUUCACCUAAAAGCCAUUCUCUCUUUACCAGAGCCAUCAUGCAAAGUGGUUCAUGUAAUGCUCCCUGGGCUGUUUUACCAAGUGCUGAGGCAAAACACAGGGCUUCAAUCUUGGCUCACCAGCUUAAUUGUGCUUUCAAUAAUGAUACAGAGCUAGUAAGCUGUCUACGUCGUAAGCAUCCUAAAGAGAUAGUGGACAAGAGCCUUGGAGUCAUAACAGAUGGUCUUUUAUCUGAGUUUGCAUUUAAACCUGUUAUUGAUGGAGACUUUCUCACUGAUGUGCCUGAUGAAUUAAGUCAAAUGAAAAAAUUGAAAAAACUCCAAAUCUUAGUAGGUGUGAACAAAGACGAGGGAAGUUACUUUUUGGUAUAUGGGGCUCCUGGUUUCAAAAAGAAUACGGAAAGUCUCAUUACUCGUGAACAAUUCCUAAGAGGUGUAAAGAUGACUUUACCUGGUGCUGGUGAUAUUGGAGUGGAGGCAGUUGCUUUCCAAUAUACAGAUUGGAGAGAUGAGAACAAUGCAACGAAAAAUCGUGAUGCUUUGGUUGCUGUGGCUGGAGAUCAAAAUUUUGUAUGUCCCUUGAUGCAGUUUGUUAAUGAGAUGGCGGAAUGUGGAAAUACUGCCUAUGUCUAUUUGUUUGAACACCAUGCAUCGAAUGCAGAUUGGCCUCAGUGGAUGGGAGUUAUGCAUGGUUAUGAGAUUGAAUUCAUGUUUGGGAUGCCCGUUGAUAGAAAACUCAAUUAUACUGCGGCUGAAGAAACACUCAGCAGAAACAUGAUGCACUACUGGGCAAACUUUGCAAAAACUGGUAACCCAAAUGAACCCAACGUGCAAGGAAUGAGGUGGCCUGAGUAUACACACACAGACCAAAAAUAUAUAUCUUUCAACACAGAAGCAAUAAGGAUUUAUAUGAAAUACCGGGCUCAACAGUGCGCCUUCUGGAAUCUAUUUCUUCCAAAAUUACUACAGAGGACAGCACUUUCUGAUGAGAUAGAACAACAAUGGAAGCAGGAAUUCCAUCGAUGGAACUCUUACAUGUCUGACUGGAAAUCUAAAUUUAGUGCUUACAACAACAAAAAAGACAGUUGUACUGGUACAUAAUCAGUAAUAUUCACUUCAAAAUGGUAUAUGCAGUUUAAGUGGCAUGUGUGCAAUGUAAUAUAUUGGAGGUAUACCAUUUUAUUGCAAUGUGACAUAUUGCAUUAAAGCCAUGCAUACAGUGUCAUACAGAGAAAAGCUCUUAAAAGCUUACCAUCACUUUUUGUUUUGUUUCAAUAAGGUUAGAUUAACUCCUUUAGUGUAAAACAUGUUCUACUACAUCCAUAUGCAUUUAAAACACCAUAUAUGCUACUGGCAUACCAAUUGAUCAUUUUAAUGCCUCUCCCACCUCCCCGAGCAGCAUGAUAGUUAAGCAAUUUGAAAGUUUAACCCGGAGUGAAACAUACGUCCAACUAUUUUUGAGUAGUCUAUGUCACUCUGAAAGCUUAACUGGUCCCUCCAAAAGUUAUACAUGUUUGUCAGUACAAUGAAUGAUGUAAUUCUCUUAGGAGUGCUUCUCCUAAAUCUUUGAUAGGAAACUUACAUAAGAUUAGUUGCUCCUGGUUAACACCAAACAAGAUUUGGACCUCAUCCUGCCCUAUCCACGAUUUUGAGUAGGACACUGUUCACUACAAAGAAGUACAAAUACUUUCAGUAGUCCUUCAAGCUCUGCUUCUCUGAAAUUUAUAGCAGGACUGAUGGCCCAUAUGUGUUUCUUUUCUAUUCUCAUUUCCUUUGGUUGCUGUUGAUUUUAAUCUUUAAGUUUCAACUUCACUCAAUAUGCUUUCUCCUCAUGUUUCCUCCAGCUAUCUCUGACUGUUGCCAGUAUGGGAGAAAGGAUUGAAGUAAUCUGCCAAUAGACCAUUAUUAAAAACAGUAAGCUAGUGUCAAGUUACUUGAGUAAUUAGUGACCUAAGGGGUUAUUAUUGGAAUCUGUUAAAUUUCAUGAGUGUUUAAUUAACAUUGCAUUAGCUUUCAGUGAUUUUUUAAUCUAGGACACACUUAACAAUUAUCACAAUGAAACUCAUACCACAGGCUUUAACUGUUGCUGAUUAUUAAGUGUGAAAUUUAAAAUUAAAAGUUUUCCGUAAUCCUGUUUUCAAUUUUUAUUUCCAAUCCUGCACUUAAUCUGGCAUUGAAUUCCUCCAUUUAUACACAUCCUGUUCUACCUUCCUGCCUGUAACUUUGCAAUCCGUCCAUCUGAUUGGUGUAGGGGAUACACACUUAUUUUUCCUGUCCCUUUAGAUCUCAGCUGCCCUAUUUUGUUUGUGCCAUGACCAGCUUACCUUUGUAGAAAUUUAUGAUAUAAGAUAUUUUUGACAUUAAGCAGACAAGGGCAUGUCUAAAUAAAGACAGAUGCUAUUAGAUUUUGUCCUUCAGAAAAUAGAUCAUUACCUCUGGAAAGAGACGUCUGCUAUUUAAUAAAUAAUAGAAUCUGAUGGUUAUGGAGACAGAAACAGUUCUCUGUGUGCCAGUGAUUAGCCUGUUUUAUGGCCUAACAUGCAGUUUAUGAUACCAUUGUAUUUUUUUUAUGAUGGUUUCUUUUCCACCUAUGCAUUUUAACUUUAUUUCUGUGCUUAUCUGUUGUGCUGUACUUGUUAUUAAGUAAAUGAAACUUGAGAGGUGCUGUAUUAUGAGAGAAUGGAUGAGAAAGCUUCAUAAAUUUUAAGUUUUUAAAAGAUUUUCAGAUCAAGGUUCAAAGUAAAUUUAUUAUCAAAGUACAUAUAUGUCACCAUAUACAACAGAUUCAUUUUCUCACGGGCAUUUAUAGUAACCCCAAGAAGCGAAAUAGAAUCAAUGAAAUACCACACGCAUCAGUACAGAUAAGCAAUCAAUGAGCAAAACACAACAAAUUACACAAAUACAAAAAGAAAGAAAAAAAAGUAGUAAUGAAUAAGCAAUAAACAGAGUGUGAAAUGAAGAAUCCUUGAAAGUGAGUCCAUAGGUUGUGUGACCAGUUCAGUGAGGGGGUGGCUGAAGUUGAGUGGUUAUCCCCUCUAGUUCAAGAGCCUGUUGAUUGAGGUGACAUUUUGAGUUUGUUGAUGAGGUAUCUGUGUGCUGAUGUGAACAGGAAACAUUUCAGCAUAAUAUACUAAGUAACUAUUAAGUAUGACCAGAAAAUUGAAGUAACUAUAAAAAUCAAUAAACUUGCAUGCAUGAAAUUCCAUUAAAUCACAGCAUUUAUUUUAAUUAUAGAGGAAUGCAUUUUAGAUAAAUGGUCUUAAUUUUGUAUGCCAGUAACACAGUUUCAAGACUUGCAGAUAAUCAUUUAUACUUUAACAUGCUACUUAAACUGGAUGUACUUGAUGAAAUAAUUCAGCAAUGUAACCAACUCAUGUUUUUUGAUCUAAAACUAGUCAAUCUCUUUGAUUUUUCAAUUAAUUGAUGUUUAUACAUUGUGUUCAAUAUGGAAACUUUGGUUACAGUGCAAUAAAUGACUAUCAACACCUUUGAAUUAUUUUCUGUACUCAUUGUGACAGUAAUAUUUGUGGAAGCUUGAUAUGUACAAUUAGAUACCAGCAAAGUGCAUUUUAAAUAUGUUGUAAAGUAUUUUGGAAUGUCCUGUGCUCGCUGUGGUGAACUACAUGUCCCUGUCUGGACACUUUGUUCCAGCAAAGUGCAUUUUAAAUAUGUUGUAAAGUAUUUUGGAAUGUCCUGUGCUCGCUGUGGUAAACUACAUGUCCCUGUCUGGACACGCCCCUCUGCUGACUGCUCCUGUGGCUCCUCCCACAGACCCCUGUAUAAAGACGGUUGGAGGGGGGUUGCUCCCCCCUCAGUCUCCAGGAUGUUGUGUGGUGGUUUCUUGCGGCUAAUAAAAGCCUAUCGUUUGC